AUGGCGCUUGUCUCGUCUUGUCUCGUCUCGCUUGGGCUGAUCACUGAUCCGUCGAUGGUUUUUUUUGCCCGCUCGUUCAGCUGCUGCACGGGUAUAACGGGCUGGUCCAUUGUGCCGCUGAGGCGAUGGUCAAGCUCUCGCUUUUCUAAUAGAGGAGGAGGAAGCUAUUCCACGAAGAAGAAGAAGAAGGAGAGAGAACAAUGGAAAGAAAGAAGCCAUGGUGUCGGCACAGAUCGGAUGGAAACUGCCUGGAACUACUGGCAUGGAGUCUCUCUUGGAGAGGAACAGCCCGAGACGGCACGGCAGAGAGAUGGACAUGAGGACCUUUCUCAGGGUAGCAAUUCCCCAUCAACUAAAAAGAAGACAAGGUUUCGCCGGGACCUUACAAAGCACCCUGCCCAGUGCCCACAGCAGCAGCAGCAGUGUCUCUCCACACGUCCAGCCGUAGGUAGUGUACAUGGAGCCCGUAGGUACCUCUACACGGGCAGUAGUGCCGCGAUGCCCACUGGCCCACCCCGGCAUUGCCCACGGACCAAGUCGUCGUUCGAUGCGGAGACCGUUUUUGAAGCUUCAGAUGGGGCUACGGGGCAAUGUUACAGAACAUGGCUUUUCAACCAUGAUCACGGCCCCUCACUGGCCAACGGGGGGAUGGAAUGGGGGAGAACCACAGUAGGUCAGGUUGGUGUCUGUCUGCACAUGAGAGCCUACAGUAACACCAAAGAAUGCACUGAUCACAUCAGAUGCAAGAAGCAGUGUUACUGUCGUCUCCCGCCAAGUGUUGUAUGCGACGACCAUCAUCUGGACGAGCACAAGUACAAUCGAGAAACCGAACAAUGA